AUGAAUACAACAGAAACGAAUAGAGUAAGUACAAUUCAGUGACAGUUCACUAAAUCGAAGAUGCUUCCUGAAAGUUUUGUUUUUAAAUAUGUCUUUAUUGUGUAUUUGUCAAUAACAAUCCAAACUGAUUUUGGAGUAUGCAUUUCAUACACAACCUUUCAUUAUACAGGGUUUAGUUUAAAAACCAUGUUUUGGUGACUUGCGGGCACAGUCUCUUCUCAGUCUAAACGCCCGUUAGUCCAAAUAAUUAUUACUUGUUUAUCAAAUUUUGACGAAUAGUCUCAUUUUAACCCCCUGAAAGUUUUCCAUUGGCCUUCAAAAAGUUGCCAAACAAUUUUGUGAGACUAUUAACAAGCUAUUUUGAUGGCUCACAAAGAAUUACCAUCAGACUAGCUGCUGUUUUAGACUUCCAGAUCAUUCUUACUGGUGUAGAAUUGUUUGUUGUAAUUUAGUUUAGUUUGCAAGGGUAUUUAGCCCAUGUGUGAAUGAUAUGUGCCUAAGAAUCACGUACAGAAUACAUGCAAAACUAGAGGUUCCAUGUUGGAAGUGAAGUGCAGCCCCAUGUAGAAAGAUCAAGGGGUAGGAACGGUAGUAAAUAAUCUAUUGUAUCUCAGUUGAGGAUAUCACAUGGUCUUCAAGGUUACUUAGCUUUGCAUGACGGGACAAAAGGGAGACUACAGUAUGGAAUAUUUUGAAGUUGAGUUGUGUUGUAUUUUUUAAGCUUAUUAAUAUCUUCAGCUUUAUCUUGAUGUGUGGCCAUAAUUGGGAACCUGCUUAUUCUUAUUAGUUUCAACUGCUGGGCAUUACAUGUAAGUCUAUUGAAGACCCUUCCAAGCUGCUGGGCAUAUAGCCACAGCAUUUUUUUUACCCUGAGAUUCAAAGAGGUGGCUAGUUGAAUUGAAUCAAUUAGUAGUUAUCUCCAUGGAUGGUUGCCCACAGUUAUUAAGCCUGAUAUAGUACAUGAUUAGUAAUGAUAAUAUUAUUGGAUGAGGCUGAGAAUGAUAUGAAGAAUUAUGCAGUUCAAGGAGGGAUUAUUGGUGGAUAACUACAUCUGAGAUAAUAUGCAUAAUUCUUCACAUCUUAAAAGCUGGAUGUUAGGUUGUAGUUUGGCUGUUUCUUCUUCACUUCACAUGCAAAAUGCAAGUGGAUUUGUAAACAUGCUUUUAUAACCACACAAUGGUAAUGUUUAGCCUAUGAUUUGUUAAACUGGUGUGUUUCUGCUUUCUUUUCUAUUUCUACUACUAUAACAGAUAUAUGUGGUGAAAUAAGUAAAUAUUAAAUAAAAAUACAUUGUAAAUAAAAUUACAUUUGUAACAUUCUUGAAAUAGUUCGGGUGUUUACAGUUUUCUUGGUUCAACAGCAUCUUACAAUAACAAUUUUUUUUCUUUUAAUUAGACGUCAAGUCCACAGGCCAAUGCAUCCACUCCAACCCCACAAGCCAAUAAGAUUACAUCCAUUUCAGAGACUAAUAAGUCUUUAUCAAGUCUACAAACCAGUGCAAGGUCUUCCUCACCAAGUAGUACCUGGCCCCCUACCAAGUGUACACCUUUGUGCAAUGAAAGAUGUUCUUAUGCUGGUAAACAUCAUGAAUUAAUAAUGGCCAUGAUGAAAUGCUCAAAUGGAAGUGAAAUAGAUAAAACAGACUUCAAGAAAUCUCUUGACAAGUUUGCAAAAACAAAGUGGCUUCGCAGUGGCUGCAUUCCAGACAGGGAUGAAAAACUGCGACUCCCAUUAGUGCACUGGGCAUGUAUGCUUGGAAAAUACAAGGCUUUAGAGUAUCUUGUUAGUGAAAAAGGUUUUGAACUCACCACAAAAGUGGGCAAGAGUCAACAUGGACCACUGCAUUCCAUGGUGCAACAUCUCAACAGUUGCCUUAAUCCAAAGAGCUCCAAAGAAUAUGUUAGCAACAUGUUUGGGAACAUUGUAGAUGUUUUUCUCAAAUAUACUAUUGAUGUCUUGUGUGAAAAGGAUCCCAGCACUGGUGAUACAAUACUGCACUUCUUAGCGAAACGGUGCUGCUCAGACAUUUUUUCUAGGAUGUACCUGAAGACUCUAUUGGUUAAGAUUAAAGAAAAUGCCAAAGUUUCUCAAGAGAAGCUUUAUGAGAUUUUGUCUGCUGUAAACAAACGUGGUGAUACCUUCCUUCAUGUCAUUGUGCCAGAUGAGGAGUCUGUUCCUACGUUAAAUUACUUCUUUGGCAACUUUGGUUUGAACAGUGAGAAAAUAUCCAAAGCCAAGAACAAUUUUGGGAAAACACCACGUCAGAUUGCUGUUGAAAAGAGGUCGUUUCAAAUGCUGAAAGCCUUGGGUGCCCCUGAUGUUGUUAUUAGCAGUCUCCAAAAGGCUGUGGCCGGGGGAAAGUCAAAUACUAGUACUCCUAAGAGGGUGAGGUUUAUCGAUGAGAAAGAUGCAAAGAAAAGUCCUUCGAAAACUUCUCCAGCAACAAAGUCAUCAUCAGAGGACAAUGCUAAGUUGGAAGACAAGGAAGCUAGUAAUCAUUGUUCAGCAAUUGUCGAUCUUACCACGCAAGAAAAAUCAACAGUAGGUGCCUCAUCUGGAGAGCAGCAGGGUGGGGAGAAUCUACAUGUAAGCAGUGAUCAGCUACAGACGGAAGUACUAAAGUUAUGUUCAUGUGAUUCCCCAAACGACGAAAAAGGCAAAGCAACUGAUUCAUCUGCACCUACCAAAAGAACGAUAGAACCGUUCCCCCAGCGCAACCCAGGAACUGAAAAAGGAAAUAAAACAUCUCCAGGAAAGUCUGUUGGUGCAGUGGAAAAGGCUGGUGAGGUGGCUGAAGUAAUUGAUAUACCUGAGGAUAUGCCAGAAGCGCCUACAAACUCAUCUGACAGUAAUAUCUUCCUUAGUCUGUCAAAUACUGUAAACAGUUUGAAAAAAGGAGAUUCCUUGUCAACUAGCAGGAAGAGACCGGCUCUUACAACACUGAAAUCCAAAGCACCCAGAAGGAAGAGAGGGCGUGGCUCAUGGUCAGAUUCGGAGAGUGAUGUGGAGGAUGAGGAGGAUUUCAAUCUGGAUGAUGAUUCAGAUGAUGAUGUCGAAUCCGAGGAGGAGGAUUUAGAAGAAGAAGAAGAAAUGGACGAAGAGGAAGUUGACAAGGAAGAGGCAGAAAGUGUCUCUAGUGCUGGCAAGAAAGCAGCUGAAAUAAGAAAUGAGGAUGACAUUGAGUUAGAAACAGGUACGUAAAGUUUUGACUGAGUAUAACUGCUUAUUUAUUUUGAGGACAAAAAUAAUUUUAUUAUAGAGGAGGAGUGUGCUGGCAUGUGUGGCCAAGCAGUUAACACCUCGAACUCUGGAUCUGGAGGUCCGGAACCCCUUGCCCGUCACGUUGUUUCCUUAGGCAAGGAACUAUUCUCCACUUUGUCUCUUUUCACCCAGCUGUAUAAAUGGUUAGCGGUGACAUACUGUUGGAGGGUAACCCUGCUGAUGGACUAUCAUCCCGUCCAGGGGGGAGUAGCAAUUCUCCUAGGCUUGCAUCAUACUAUGGAAACCAGUAUAAGCUCCAGCCGUGUGGGCAUUUGGCUUGUGUACAUCACUUUGUAAGAAAUUUUUGGUGAGCUUGUAGGUGGGGAUGGGUUUGUAUCUGUUGUAGUUAAUUAUUUUUUUAUAUCAGGAAAUUUUUAUUUUUCAUCUGUUUCAACUUCAUUAGCAUACAUUACCAUACCCAAAAACAAAAGAGAAAUAAAAAUUACUUGAGAUAAAAGAUUGACUACAACAUAUCCAAGGGGGGUUACAAGAAGCCUGCGAGUAAGCCCUCAGGUUGGGGUUUCAUGCUGAAUUUCUUGUUUCUUGCGCAAGAUGUUAAAACCCAGGAAAAUUACAAUACAUUCCCAGAAAAUUGGUCAUCAUUCAUAAUUACAGUGAAAUGAAACAAACAAGAUCGGUCGAAGUCAACCAGUUACAACCAACAUGCAUGACCUUCAGAACCGGUUGAAGAAAGCCUGGGUUUCCUGAGAGGAAACGUAAACGUUACCUAUAUUUUGGAUUUGAGGUUGAACUUUAUUGGAAAGUGCGGCAAUGUUAGCAAAGAAAUAGCAAGAAGAUGACAAAAUAUUAGCUUGUGUCAAACAAAUAUGUCUCCUGGGUGUUAUUUGUUAAGUUUCGGAUAGAAAAAAGUUGUCGUAUGAAAAAUUUUGCAUUGUUGAAAGCGUUUGCCAUCAAUAUGUAAAUUGUGUGCUUUGGGUUAAUUAUUGUCUUCUCACGAGCCACUGAUUGGCUCAAACAAAUUUUCUUGGAAUGUAUUGUAAUUUCCUGUGAUCCAGUUGAUCAACUUUGUCUAAGUAGCUCCGGUUACUGUAGUCGCAUGGUACACGAGUCUUAAGAACUACUAUCGUUCAUGGUUAAGGUGGCUCGACUGGGUUUUUUGGGGUUGAUACCUUCCAACUUUGAGCAUUAACUACGUCGGCAUGAGUAAAGAUAUGGAAAAAAGGUUACCACAACUAUAUUAUAUAAAGAUGAAAAUUUCUUAUGAUCUGGGUUUUAUUGCAAUCGGAGUCACCAUGGCAACGUAAUGACGCCAUUACGUUUUUCAUGUAUCUUUGUGUUUCUCUGUUCCAGGAGUUUUUUCAAGAAAUCGCUUGAGGGAGUAUGUACCUGUUGUAAUUGCCUCCAUUAUGGUAAAGUUUGAACAAAUUCUAUGAGAGCGUUUUCGAAGUAUUUUGAAAUGUAGUUUUAAGAAUGAUAAAAACAGUGAAAUAGCAUGCUACCUACACAAUUCGCUAAUAUUUUAAGAAAAUGAUAAGCUUUGGGAACGAGGCUUCAUCUCAUAGUGGUUUGACUCCAUUGGAAACUGCAUACGAAAAAAGAGGGGAAUUGCUCUGGGCGAUCGCGAGUAAGAAGAAUUUUAUUAACUUGCAUUUAGCUGCUUUUGAUACAGUUUUUGGACGUAAUUUGGUCCAUGCCUGAGAAAUUCGCUUUUUUCCAAAAACCGCUUGAUAAAUUUUUUUAUAAAUUCGACAAUCCCGAGAUCAAUCGUCAAGAAAUAUUCCCUGCAAGUUUUAAGAACAUUGAAAACAUGGAAGGCUUUUAAAUAGGGCCUCAAAUAUAACCAAUUUUCCCCCUAGAUUUUGUGUUACAAGUGAGCGUCCUCAUUAUUCACUGGCAUUGUUUUCAAGUUUCAUAUACACGUGCACAUUUAACAAAAAGAUAGAAUUUGCAUCAAAAAGGACCCUCGGGUAAAUCUUCGGGAUAUGCUAAUUACCGGGUAAAGAGAUUAAUGAUACAUUACAACAUCAGAGCAACUCUUUUUAUAACAUAGCUAGAAAAUUCCCCUAAUCAAAUUCAAUAGCGCGAGCGUGCUUCAUAUUCCUAUUGAGCACGCUGAUGACGUCAAUAAACUAUUCGUAAUUCCUCGAGUUGUUAAUGUGAGCUAAGCAAUCCUGAGUCUCCUGAGUGCAUCCAUAACUUGGCAGUACACGAUAAAGCGUUUACCAUGUGUUUUAUAAGGAAAUUGAAGAGGAAACAUUUGAAUUUGUUAACCGAUAGUAAGGAAAAGAGGUGAGUGUUGUUGUUGUUGUUGUCAUCUCCUCGAGCUGUGCGGGCUAUUGCGUGAGAUCCUUCUCUGCAAAGUUGUUUUCUCUCAAUAACAAUUUUUCGGUAAAUUUAUAGUUUUCCGGCUCCUAAAUAUGGAUUUUACGAUCAUUUUAGAGUACACUUUCUCUCAGUUUCAGGAUAAAAACAUAAGAUUAACUGUGAGGAAAAAAAAUAUAGUCACGUAAACAUUGACGCGUACUGCUUUGAGCGCGCCCUACAAUAAUAAAAUUUUAAGUUAACUGCUGCAUUGAUCUCUUUGAUAAUGUUAUAAAACAAUUAGUUCAUGCUGCAGCUGUGCGUAUGUCGAGAUAUUGAGCACUUGGGAAGUUUGGAGAGCACUCAAGAUGCUAGAGUUGCACUCGGCUGCGCCUCGUGCAACUCUUACGCCUCUUUCGUGCUCUCCAAACUUCCCGCGUGCUCAAUAUCUCGACAUACGCACGCUGACGCAUGAACUAAUUGUUAAGUGAUAGUUUCUGUGAUGUUAUAACCCGAGUAAGAUAAUUAAGUAUUCCAUCCUACGCGAUGAGCCGUGACGUUCACCGUUUCGGCUCUCACUGCUAUCUGUGACGACAAGCCAACUAUUAGCAUAUUCCUGAUAUUUCUUCGGAAAGUAAUCGAGAGGUUUUUUUUAUGCAAAUUUAUAUCUUUUGCUGGUUGUGCACGUGCAUAUGAAACUUGAAAACAAUGCCAGUGAAUAAUGAGGACGCUCACUUGUAAACACAAAAUCUAGGGGGAAAAUUGGUUAUAUUUGAGGCCCUAUUUAAAAGCCUUCCCUAUUUUCAAUGUUCUUGAAACUUGCAGGGAAUAUUUCUUGGCGAUUGAUCUCGGGAUUGUCGAAUUUAUAAAAACAUUUAUCGAGCGGUUUUUGGAAAAAAGCGAAUUUCUUAGGCAUGGACCAAAUUACGUCCAAAAACUGUAUCAAAAGCAGCUGAAUGCAAGUUAAUAAAAUUCUUCUUACUCGCGAUCGCCCAGAGCAAUUCCCCUCUUUUUUUGGAUACAGUUUCCAAUGGAGUCAAACCACUAUGAGAUGAAGCCUCGUUCCCAAAGCUUAUCAUUUUCUUAAAAUAUUAGCGAAUUGUGUGGCUAGCAUGCUAUUUCACUGUUUUUAUCAUUCUUAAAACUACAUUUCAAAAUAUUUCGAAAACGCUCUGAUAGAAUUUGUUCAAACUACGCCAUAAUGGAGGCAAUUAUAGCAGGUACAUACUCCCUUAAGCGAUUUCAUCAAAAAACUCCUGGAACAGAGAAACACAAAGAUAAAUGAAAAACGUAAUGGCGUCAUUACGUUGCCAUGGCGACUCCGAUUGCAAUAAAACCCAGAUCAUAAGAAAUUUUCAUCUUUAUAUAAUACAGUUGUGGUAACCUUUUUUUUCCAUAUCUUUACUCAUGCCGACGUAGUUAAUGCUCAAAGUUGGGAGGUAUCAACCCCAAAAAAUCCAGUCGAGCCACCUUAAACAAAUGACAAAAUUCCAAAACAGUGAGUGUCAACUCUUCCGAUCAUCAAAAAAAUUGGAAAAGUAGAGAUUACAUCUGGUUUAGUGAAAAGGGGGGGGGGCAUUUGAACAGGUACGUUUCUCAUUUGCGCCCGGAUACACUUGUACUAUAGGCUUAUUAGCAGAGGCUUGGGGCUUAUAGCUGGAAUCGUACUUUCAUAUUUUUCCAGUAUGAACGAGUUGAGUUAAGAGAGGUGUGGAUGUGAACUUAAUGUAUUAAUUGUGCUCUAAAAUAAUGGCUAUUUACAGUGAUGGGGUUAUAUUAGGUGAAGAGUAUGUUAUUGUGUUCUUUAAGCAAACGCAAAAGGAAAACUAGGAAAAUUUCGAAAUUCUGUUCAAACAAAAUGACAUAUUCGCACGGAAAGAUUCUUUCGGUGUUCAACGCUCAUUACCGUAUUUAUUCGAUUAAGCGCCCUAACUUGGGUAAGUGCCCACCUCCUCACCACCCCGCGGGAAAAAAAUGACCUUUAAUACUGACAAUGAUCUGACAAUGAGUGAAACAGACUAAGUUGUACAAAGAAGAAGACCGCGUUUUCUAAGUAUUUUAAAGAAACUCUCAAUGAGCAGUUAAAAUUCUGCUUUGGAACAUCUUAACUUUUUGUUGCAAAACAAAAUUACUAUUGCUGAAAAUUGUGCAAAUAUAAUUAGCGCCCAGCCUUGAAUAAAUACCCACCUCGAAUAACCGCCCACUCUUUCAAGAGUUUUUGGACGUUAUCGAAUGAAUACGGAACUCACAAACUUUCUAAGUCAUCGCAGCGCCGUUUAAUUAAUAAAAUUUCGUCACUUGCGCUUAGGCGAUUCACUUUACAAAAUAUCACAUGUCAAAAUUGGACAUUUAAGAAGCCGUUAGGGAUAGCGCCAAACGCUCGUGCGUAUGGAACGGGUUUUAUGCACUCUUCAGAGAAAAUUUCUCGAGUAAUUCUGACAUGUUCGGUAGAGUCAGCCAACAGUGGUAAUUUUACCCAAAUUGCAGAAGUUUGUCACCGUGUUUCACCACCUUGGCAUGAAACAUGAUUCUUGCAUUGUCUCUUUUAAAAACGUAAACUAAUUUCCUUUCUUUUGAAGAAAUUCAUUAGGCUAGUAAGUUCAAAUAUCUAUUCAAAUUUUCUUAAAAUAUUCUGGGAAGCAAGCGAAAUAGUUGAGCAGGAAAGCGACGAGUUCAAAAGAUGGAUCAAGGAAAGUAUACAUAUUAGAACGAACACUCCUACCAUCAACAGGGAUGAGGAAGCAUACUUGCUACUGAUCUCCUAUAUUUCCACCCCCAACCAGGCGCGGGGGGAAGGGUCUCGACAGAGUGACUUCAUAAGCCUAUUCAGAGCUUCUGAAACCUGUGACGUUUUUAGUUUGAUAAAGAUGACUGACAGUCAUCGAAACUGUCGGCGUCAUUAGGAAGUUUUUUCGGGCUAUGCUUUAAGAACAUUUGAAUAUUUAGUUUCCUUUCUGCUUCCUUUGUAGCGCCAAAACACACCCCUUUUUGCAGCCAGGAUUGUUCAUCGCAACAUCACAAGCUUCUGCUGAGCCUAUUGAAAUGUUCAAACUAUAACUACGGCAUGGAGCAUAAUAACACUUUCAUGAAGCAAGUCAAUGAUUACAUCAAUCAGCAUGGAAAGUUUUCUGAUGUGCGAGCUAAUGCGGAUCUACCUGAUCCUAUGCCCCCUUUUCAGUACCCCUUGGUCCACUGGGUGUGUGUCCUAGGAAAGUAUAAAGUCUUGGAGAGGUUAACAGAAUUAAAGGAAUUCAAUUUUGCUGUACAGUCUGAGCGUACUGGGGAAACUGGUUUGCACCGCAUGCUUCUUUCGCUUGACCGAGCCAUGGUCGCCUUGAAAAAGAGUUCUGUUAAGACAAUCCUGGAUGUGUUUUCAAAGACGCUGCGAACCUUGACCGAUAACGCGCCUAUUGUCCUCACGCUGAGUAACAAGGAAGGUGAUACGCCCUUCCAUUGUACGGCUAAGGUAAUUCUUGACUGUACAGGCGAGAACAUGAACACCUAUGAAGGGUACUUUGAGCAUCUGAUGAAAGAGUUGGCCCGUCUACGGGUCUCUGGGAAGCUCAGCUCAGAUGCAGCGAGGGAGCUGCUCCUUAAGACCAACAACAGCCAGGAAACAUUUCUUCACAUCCUUGCAUGCAGGCAUGGCGUUGGACAGCGUGUGAUAAAAAGGGUCCUGAAAAACAUCGAACCCGAAAUAAUGGAUCUCUUGAAAGAAAUCAAGGACGCCAACGACAAGACUGCGUCAGAUCUAGCAGAGGAUUUGUGUUCCUAUGAAAUGGCGGCUAUUCUUCGGCCACGUGAUCAGGAAGCUGGUCCUCCUGAUUGGGUGGAUGAUGUUGCAGAGGAUCUUCCUCACACCCCUGACAGUGGCACCCCACGCGAGACCCCUGAUAUACAAUCGCCACCACCUACCUUGUUCCCCUCGAGCCCCGUUUUUCCAGAUGUUGAUGCGGCACGUGUGCGCUUGUUUGCUGUUAAGAAGGAGCCUGGCGUAGAUGAUACCGAGUUUGAUGAAACUACGUCAGAGGACCCAGCCGAGGUAAAUUCGUCGUCCAGCUCAUUGCAAACAGUAGAGGAUGCUGUUAAAAAGGAGCCCAACGUAGAUGAUUCUGAGGACCCACCUGAGAUUAAUUCGUCACCUACUACUUCACAAACAACAGAAGAUGUUCAAUUACCCGCUGUCAAUACUUCGCCCAAUCAUGCUAACUCUUCUCCAACUCGGCCUACUAAAGAAGACGUGAACGCGAUAGCUUCCGCCAGUGGCUCUUGUGAAAGCAGCGUAGGUGCUGCGACGGUAAAUCACAACAUGUCAUCCAACAUGCCGGCUCUUCCAGUUGUUCCAGGCACUAGCAGGAAGUCUGCUGGCACACCGACCACUUCACAAAGUCCCAAUGGGGCUGCUAGUCAUUCCUCAUCUGUUUUAGCAGAUCACAGCAAGAACAGCAGCAAGGGGCCGUCAAUUAUAUCUAAAAUCAGUAAAUUCAAGAAUUUGCCUCAGACCGACAAACUCCUGAACACAUUGCACGCAAAGUUUCAAGAGCAAUUGGCUCAGUCUGAGAAGGGCUUGGGAGAGAAAGAGGACGCUCUCGUUCGUGUUCUUCACCGGAUGACCGAAGCACAGGAGCGAAGACAAAGGCUUCAACAAGAACUGGAGGAAAAUUUAAACGAAAUGUUAGCGAUCAAACAAGAGGAAGGUCUGUUACGGUCUGAAAUUGCGGUACAGAAACGUGACUGUGAAAAGUUCAAAGCAGAACUGGAAAAGUACGCAGGGAUUAGGGAACAAGAGAAAUAGCACUUGGAAGAUUUUCUAACGGAAAAUCGAACAUAUAAGACGAGGCUUAUUUGUAAGGUGAAUUUCCGCUGCAACUUUUAUUUUAUUAUACGAGUGUCCAUCAUUAUGGCUCUGUCAAUUCCAAGCGUGCCCAUCCUUCCCCCCGCGGGCAUUUGUCAUUUUGUUUUGGAAAAGUUGCGAAUGCCUUACGUUAGAGGGCCGGGCGUUCAUACAAAAACCCUACGGUGGGGCUUAAAAAUAGGGUGCAAAUGCCCCACCACGGGACAACACCAAAAUUGUAUUUUUCAGUAAAUAAGCUGCAAAUACCACUUUUAUAAAAAUCUCUAAUCUGAUCAAAACGCGUGAAGCGCCCUACGCAAAUCGCUCCUAGCCGCCAGUUAUAAUUAUUGCAAAAAAGAUCGCAUCCAUCUGGUUAAUAUCAAUGACAGAACUGUAAACUAGAAUUUUAAUGUUGCCUUUCUUAUUUUCGAAGACGGUUUGUGUCAGUAGUGAAUGAUAAACAAACAACCGAUGAGCUUAACAUGAGUAUUUUCUUAUCACGAUAGAACUCAAUGUUUCGUCAGCGUAUUAUGUAUUUGCCGCAUUGAUCGUACAAUACACAAAGUUUCUAUUAGCUUUCAAAUAUCUAGCAAAGUUUUUCCAGGCCUCUCUGCCUCAACCAUUCACGCCCAAAGAAAGUGUCUUUUCCGUUAAACUCUUCAAACGAUACAUUGAUUGUUUUUCCUCCAUGUGCGAACUGAUCACGACGGCGGUAGGCAAUUUCUUAUACGGAUGCAAAAAAUCCUUUGGGAUAAGUGAUGGGGCGAAAACCAGACAUGUCUCUUUAAAGCAAAAUUAUUAAAAAUAUUCUUUACAGAAAUAUCUAAAGCCAUCCAAUAAGGCAUGAUUUUAAGUGAAAUAUUGGAAAACGAACGAUGUUAACCGCCUCUCGAACAAUUAACAAAUUCCCCACCGCCGGGACCGACAAGGUGCGAAAUGCCCGACAAAUGCCCUGGGGAGUAUGGACACGCUUGGAAUUGACUGAGCCAUUACCUACAGAGAAAUGGUUAGGGUCAGUUUAUUGUAGAACUUCAUACAUACUGUAGCCUAGUACAAGCAAGAUAAAGUAUCCUCAAUAUAACUUCACCUUACAGUUAGGUUUCGUUUAAUAUUUUUGUAUUACAUCGUUGACUUUUGAGACUUCGGUGUAAAUGGGUACGAACAUAACUGGCAAUUGUAGUGAGGUUUUUUAAACCAAAAACUUAGUCGUGUUCUCUGAAGGCGAACACAUCCUAAAUUUCGUUUUCCUGUAGUUUUAUAGUUAGAACUAAACAGUCAAGUUAUAAGAGGGCCGUUGGCCUCCUCUUUUGCUUUUGCCAGGGACAUUUUUGGCCGAAGACACUGGCAACUACUUUAUCUUCGGCCAGAAAACAGGUGUGAAACUCUCAGAUUCAGUGUAGUGUGAGUUACUAAUCUGUAAUUACUGCUAGUUUUGUUGUAUAGGUUUGCAGGCAAAACCUCACUGACCCCCAGUCUUCCCAAGUUUCUGUAGAUAACUUAGCUUGAAUAUUAUACACUAAAUGUCAGAUCCCGAGGGAAACAGUUAGUUUUGUUUUCCCGAGAGUCCCGAUGUUCGUCUCGGGAAACAUCAGGACUCGAGGGAAAACAAAACUAACUGGUUUCCCGAGGGACCUGACAUUAAGUGUUUUGUUAUAUUCCUAGACUUUCACUUCAACAGCAACAAGAGAAUAACCGGAGCUAACCAAAACAGUCGACUCGGUACUUAUAACAACACAAAUCUAAUUCUCAAAACCACUGAAUGAACGAUUUACAAGGUACUUUUCUUAUAUAUUAUCUGCAUCUUUUUCCUCCACUAGCUGCUGUUUUCUCUUCUGGGAUAACUUUAAAAAUCGCUGCUUUUUAUCUUGAGGCUUCGUGUUUGUGUUGUUGUGUUCAUUCACGAAAAAGAAAACUGGCAGUGUUUUUCCCACCUUCUGUCACGCCACUUUCACCUUACUUUGAUCACGUGCUGUAAUGUAUCCCGAGCGGGGUACAUUGCAUAAUGUAUCACAAUCAAUCACGAUCGGGAUACAUUUGAUUUUAGUCAAGGCCACGUGACUAAGAAUCAACCAAUGGCAGUUCCUGUUUAGUUGAGUGAAAGUCUAGGAAUAUAACAAUACGGGGUAUCUCACCUGACUUCUUAGCACACGCUAGUAGAGUGGCAAUUCUCAUGAUUUAGGAUAUCAACGGUACACAGGAAGGUCAAACAAUGUACAGCUUGCAUUUCACAACUCUUGUAUUAUAUUUUGCAGUUUCGAAAAUUGAAACUUCACUUGUACAAAAAAGCAAUAGACCUAUUCGGCUAACUCAAUGUUGUACCCAAUUCAAAUCUCCCGGGGUCAAGAUUCUUUGUGUACUGUAUUUGCAUUAUAAUGUUGCAUUCACAUUUAAAUGAUAUGGAAAUUCCUCAAACAAAACGUGUUAUCCCCAAAGGGGUUUGAAUUGGGUACAACAUUUAGUUAGCCGAAUAUGUCUAUGUAGACCAUAGUACAAAAUAUAGUCUACUCACGGUUUGACAAAACCAAAGUUCAAACCUAUUGUAUUUAUAAGUUACCUUAACACCGUCUGUUAGGUCGGGGUUUGUAAAAGGAGAAGCAACAACUUUAUGGAAUAACUUUUAAAAGCUCUUACUCUUAAUUCAGCUUGUUAUUUAAUUCGAGCUUGCGCCGUUUAGCUGAACUAACCAAGAUAUUUUCACGUGAAACCCUUAUGAAAAGCGUCACCCGAAAUCCUGUCACGUUAUGGUGAGCAAGACGUGCUUUGUAUGUAACUCCUGGUAAUAUUGCCAUGUUUGGUUUAGAGUUUGUUUCGGUCUCUUGGUUUGUUAUUUUAUACAGUUGACAGCACUGAAUUGGAAAAUUUUUGGAACACAAGCACAGCAGACAAAAUGUAUUUAACAACAGAUUUAUGUAAAUGUGGUUGUCAUUUUAGCUGAUUGCAAUGUAAUAAGUAAGUUUUUUGAUCUGUUUUACUGGUAAUGCAAUGCAUUUCAUAGAUUCUAAACUAUUUUGGAUUGACAGUCAGAAAAUAAAGAG